AUGGAGAAAUGGUUGAAAACGGUGGCAGCGACCUUAUUAGGUGCACAGAUAAUCAGAAUGAUGAUAUCCAGUUUGAAGAAGCAACUAUGCAAAAUGAAAACAAAGAACUGCAAAAUAAAAAGAGUCCUCCUAUGUACGAAGCUGUUCAAGAAGAUGAAAUUGCUAUAACAUUAGAUAAUCAAGAAAAUGUUUUAAAAGCCUCAAAAUUUGCAGGGAGAGAGGUGGUUUACCUGGAGCCCCCAGAUUCAUCAAGGCAACAGAAGUUGGAUGCUGGUGCAAGAUUAACUCCCUUGAGUAAUAAAGAUUUAAAUCAACAAGAACAUCUUCAAGAAAACCUCACACACUUUGCAGAACAGGAAAAGCCCACUCAAAGUAAAGCAAAUCAGUCUGCCAAAUUUCAAAUCCAACAAACUUACAACCCAUCAGUUUCACACAUUGAAAAGGCUAUGACAAUGCCUCUUAAUAGACAAGUUGAUGACAUACCUCCAUUCUCAAAACAUGGACCACAUUUUAGAGACCUCAUAACAGAUGGGACAAUUCCAAAUGACUGCUAUCAACAUCAAUAUGGAGAAAGCCACCAUCUAGUAAUAUUUGAAGCAUCACAUCAGUCAACGCUACCAAAACUUAGGCAACCCAUUCCUAGGGAGCCUUUUACUAAGAGAAUUUCUUGGGUAACAUCAUCACAGCAUGCAAAAAGUGGAUCUACCCCAAUAGUCAUCCAUGGUACAAGGCCACCACUUUUCCCGAUGUCCCGACAAAAAACUAUCGUGGUAAAAAGCUUGGGACAUUCAAAAGAGAAACCACAUUUGACUAUGGAUAAUAUUAAAGUCAAGAGGAACAUGAUUCAGCUGACACCAGCUCAUAAGCCUACAAAUUUAAACCUCCCAUUAUUGUUACCCAAUUAUCAGAAAAGGUCAGACAGGAAAAAGAAUGUUUUAAAAUUAGAAAUUGCAUAGCUUAUUACUCUGUAUUAUUUAAAAUUCUCAGAUUGUCAUAGUUGAAUAGGUUUAAAAAUAUAAAUUUCCGAAAUGCCAUGCAAGAUCAUCCAGAACAAUACUGUCAAUCAACACAAUGUAGUGCAGAGGGGAGCACAGUCACAUAAUGUGUAAGAGAGUUGGGCACUGCCAGUUAGGUGCUCUACUAUCUCGUAAGGUGAAAAAUAAAAUGUUAGCCAUUUCAACAGCUUACCAAAUAAAAUAUUAUCUUCAAAUUGGGUUUUUUCAUUUAAUAUAAUAUAGGCUUUCAUAAUAUUGCCUCAUGUACACUGGCAUGUUUCAUUCCUGUCUCUAAACGCUUCUCCAUGUUAGCCUACGUGUCCAUGCACACAUAGGGGUUGAUUUAC